AUGUCACCGCAAGACACUCCCGGCCGCCCGGGCGAGGACAAGCCGGAGGGCUUCUCCAAAUAUCUCAAGCGCAUGAGGACCGUUUUGCGCGCGCGCUCCAGUUCCAAACGCUCAUCGCUGGUCGCCGCCCCCGAAUCCGAAUCCGCCGAGGCAUCAUCAACUACACCUACUCCAGCUCCGCCAGCCACAACCGCGCCCCAGGCCGAGGCUGAGCCCGAGCCCGAGCCCACCGGCGCCGAACAAUCCAUGGUCACCGACUACAGCGCCAUCCAACAAGAGAAAGCCCGUUUGCUUUUCGCCAAAUACGGUCUCACCCUCGACCCCGGCGAAUGGAAAUCUCCAACAGACCUGCAAUUCCCCCGAGUAACCAAAACAAUCCGCAUGCGCGUACGCCGCACCUGUCACCGCUGCGAAACCACCUUCGGCUCAGACAAGUUAUGCGUAAACUGCCAACACCAACGAUGCAAAAAAUGCCCACGCUUCCCACCAACCCACGAUGCAGGCGACGAUGAGCACCCACGGGUACCCCGCCCCAGAAUCGCCGAGAUUCGCGCCCGUCAACCAGGUACUCUGCCUAUGACGCCGCAUCUCAAGUUCACGGGCAACCCCGCGGCGCCGUUGACUAUGCCCUCGCGCACAGGCGGACAGGAUCUUGUCCGGAAACAGGUUGUUCAGCGAGUACGUCGGAGCUGUCACUUGUGCGAGACUAUGUUUACGCCCGGCUCGAAGGAGUGUUCGUCUUGUAGCCAUGUGCGCUGCAAGCAAUGCCCGCGCGACCCGCCUAAGCCCGAGAAGUAUCCGGAUGGAUUCCCGGGUGACGUGCAGCCGCCGAAACCUAAGCCUGAGCGGACGUUUAGGAAAGUCCGGCAGAGAGUACAUUACAUUUGUCAUGUGUGUCAUACGGGAUAUAAUGAGGGUGCGAACUUGUGUGGUAAAUGUGGACAGGCGAAAUGUGCGGAAACCAUACGAAUUCCGCCGAAGAAAGUUAAACGACAGCCGGACCCCGAAGUCGUCCGGAGCGUUGAAGAGAAGAUAGCCUCCCUGAAAAUCACGGAGUGA